GCUCGCUGUCACUUCGGGCGCUUUCUCUCUCUCUCUCCUCCUUCCCCUUUCUCCCUUCACUCCCCACCUCUGGGGUCUUCAUUUCUCUUGGCUUUUGCCCCCUUGGAAACUGCCACCCUGAAGUUUCUGGUGGUGCUGCUGGCCGCAGGGAUGCUCGCUUUCCUUGGUGCAAUCAUUUGCAUCAUCGCGAGCGUCUACCCUGCGGCCAGCCAUGCCGGAGCCCUCCAAGGUGCUGAUAAUGGCUCCAACGCCGCGGCCUCUGCCCUCUUGCCCGCCACCGGUGCCGACAAGACGCUGGGAGCCCUCCACGGGGCUGGCGAAAGCAGCUACGGGGGCUUCUCGACAGGCUCCCAGGACUCUGUGCUAGACCUCCUGGCUAGCGCCCGGCCGCAGCAGCAUCAGCAACUCUUCAGCCGCUUCCUAUGCACCCCGCUGACGGUCGAGUGUCCCGCGGAAGGAAGCCCCCAAGGGGACAGUCCGGCGGCGGCGGCGGCGGCGGCAGCGAGCGAGGAGCUGUUCUUUCUCCAAAGCACAGCCGAGCAGCUGAGGCAGACGGCGCAGCAGCAGAAGGAGCAGAUCCGCACCGAUCAGGAGACGAUCCGGGAGCUGACCACCAAGCUGAGCCAGUGUGAGAAUGGGCUGGAACUCACUUUCCAGGAUAGUCCCUCCGUCUGGGGGGUCCCCAGGCAAGACGCCAUGCCCAUGGAUGACCUGUCGUGGGAUUCGCCUGCUAUGAUCCGGGAACUGGAGGAAGCUGUCAGGUCGCUGAAAGACAGGAUUGACAAGAUCGAGCAGGAUGUUCCCACUGGAAUGAAUGCUUCUUCUACUUCUGUCCCUGUGCCAGCCCAAGAGACCAUCCACACCAAGAUGGAGGAGCUGGAAGGACAAAUCCUCUCAAAGCUUUUGGCCCUGGAGAAAGAACGCACCUCCAUCGCCAGCAGCCACAACCAACAGCAACAAAAUGUCGAAAAGGAGCUGGAUGCUCUCCAUAACAGGGUCGUUGGAUUUGAGCAUGGAACAACUGUCUUCAACCCUCCAGAAGCAUUUAAAGUCUCCAUCCCUGUACGAAACAACUACAUGUACGCUCGGAUGAAGAAAAGCUUGCCUGAACUAUAUGCCUUCACUAUCAGCAUGUGGCUAAAAGCUAAGAAUUCAGCAGAAGUAGGCACUCCUUUCUCCUACUCUGCUCCUGGACAAGCCAAUGAGCUUGUACUGAUAGUGUGGGGAAACAAUCCUAUGGAACUUAUAAUUAAUGACAAGGUGGCCCAACUGCCCAUGACUUUAAAGGAUGGGACAUGGCACCAUGUUUGCAUUACAUGGAUCACUCGGGAUGGCAUAUGGUCUGUGUAUCUAGAUGGAGUGGAGCGUGGUGCCAGUGAUAACCUAGCAUCUUGGCAUUCAAUCAAACCUCAUGGGGUGAUGAUCUUGGGUCAGGAACAGGAUACAUUGGGAGGGAGAUUUGAUGCAACUCAGGCCUUCGUUGGGGAAAUUUCUCAGUUCAACAUGUGGGAUCAUGUCCUGAUGCCAGCAGAGAUCGUAGGUCUGGCCAACUGUACCAGCCGGCUGCAGGGCAACGUAGCCCAGUGGGAUGAGAAGUUGGUUGAAGUCCAUGGAGGGGCAGCCAAAUUAAGCUUUGAGAUCUGCGAGGCAAAAAUGAAGGCAUGAAGAUCUUUCGUUCCUGCCACAAGAAAGGAGCAUGCAAGCCACAUUUCCUUCUUUGAAUCUGCUUUGGGAAAGAAAGAACAACAGUUCCUUUCUCCCAUCCAGCAACUUCUUACAUUCGGCCCAGAGAGAGGGAAGUUGUGUGUGUGUGUGUGUGUGUGUGUGUGUGUUUGAGAAAGAGAGAGCACAUGCACACAAGGAAGCCUUCUAAACUUAAAAAUGAAAUUAUGACACUAUUUCUCAUUGUUUCAGUAAAAUAUUUUUAAAUUCAUUCUGUGAGUGACUAGACAUUCCACUAAGGAAACUAAAGUGGUUGGAAAGUAGCUAAUCUCUGAAGAGCAGUACAAGAAAGGAUAAAAAAAACUGUAUCAGUGAGUAGGAAAUUGUUGGUAGAACUUGCAUCUCCAACACUUCCAGUCUGUCCCAUUGCUGAUAUUUUCAGUGAUGAAACGUGAACUUUGUUGAUUGGAUUUGUAAAAGCAUUAAAGCACUAUGUUGACAUUUGCCCCCUUUAAGCCACUAAUACACAACCCAACAUUCUUCUAGUAUCUGCAUGUCCUCACCAGGAUGUUCAGCUGUUUUAUCUUUCUUCUAGCUUUAGUUUGUAGUCUUCCUUGUCAGGUGAAGCAUUGUCACUAAGCAAAAAGUGCCAGCAGUUUCCUUAACUUCACAAAGGCCUAUGUUUAAUGUUCAGAUUUUUUAUUUACACCAGAGAUAUCAUUUUCCUAAUUGGUUACUUGAAUUCUUGUGUUGCCCUGCCAAUCUUUUUUUGUUUCUCUAGAUUAUAUAUUUUCAAACUCUUUUUUAAACCUUUCUUAUAAGCCAUAAUGACAGAUUUUAAGAAGGGCAAGUUCUAAGUGGUAGGCACAGAUUAUGAGCAGUCCUGGUCAAGCCUUUUUCUACCCUAGUUUUCCCUUUCAUUGCUGCCUUUCCCUCCUAAGGGCUGACUCUCACAAGCUUGGCUCAUUUUGUUUAUCAUCAUCACAGUGACUUGCAGCUGGUUGUGUGAAUAGUGUUCAUUAAAAAGCAUUGUGUCUGAAGUGAUGUGGUAUGUGAUGUGGUACAAUAUGAAAACUUUUGUUAUGCUCUAUGAUAGCUUUUUGAUCCAUGCAUUCUCCUCCUCCUCCUCUAUGAAUAUCAACUCAAAAGAUUUAUCUGCAAAAGUCAUGUUUACUGUAGGAUUCUGAGAGUUGAAAUCUAUGUACCUGAAUAAUGCUCAAGUUGAAGAAAGUUGGCCAAACUAUUUGACUGGAUGAAUUGUUUGAUUCAUGACAGAUAGAAACCUGUUGGGAAAUAACAUUUGGGACCACAGACAAGCCAACAUAAUGAUUAGGGUCUAGCAAUCUGAUCCUGCCAUCCAAAAAUGUCACCACAAAAAGUCUUACAUCACUGCACGUAUUUCAAUAAAUAUAUCAAAUACAUCCAGCAAAACUGUGUAAACUGCAGAGGAAUGCAAUAGGCAAGGCAGUGCAAUUGGGAAAGGGAGCUUGUUGGGCAAUGAGAUGAAUUCAUUUACUAUAAUUUACAUAUCAGUUCAAGAGAGUUUAUCCACAGUUUACUGAGAAAUUCUUCUGCAGUGGUACCAUUGCUAUUUGUCUUAUCCCUGAUACAUAUUGGAUCUUUCAGUAUGCAUCCUCUUUUGCUUCAUUAUUAGCUCACAUAUUUAUGGCUAAACUUAUAAGUGUGUCACUGAAAAUAUGGUUGUGUGUCUUCCUUGACAGACAGCCCUUAGUUAAAGGAGCUUUUGAAAAUCAAAUAAGGUUGGGUUGUAUUUUGGUACCUAUCAUGUGGUUGGGGUGCAAAAAGUAUGGUGGGGAGAACUAUUGUUUCAUACUAAGGGACUAAGAUUUUCUGAUUUUUCUUUGACUGGCAAGUGAGACAUUAGGUUUUUUUUUAAUCCUUUUAAAGAUGUAUUAAAACUAUCAUAGGGCUUCUACUACAGUGUUUGGAGUCUCCUGCCUUAUUUAUUUAUUUAUUU